AUGAGCGACUCCGAAGAUGAAAAUUAUGUUACUUUUGGAGUUCCUCUUGAACCAAUAGAUGAAGGUAAAUAAAGAAAAAUAUUAGGAAAUGUAACUAUAAAAAUGAUAUAUUUUUAUUUGUACACUUUACAGAUAAUGUACCAAGGAAGAAACCAAUGACAAUUGAAGAUCAAUAUGCAUAUGAUGCACAAGGUAGACGAAGAUUUCAUGGUGCAUUUACAGGUGGUUUCUCUGCUGGAUAUUUUAAUACUGUUGGUACAAGAGAUGGCUGGAGACCUCAACAAUUUAAGUCGUCAAGAAGUAGUAAAGCAGGAAGUAUUACUCAGCGUCCGGAAGAUUUUAUGGAUGAGGAAGAUACAAGUGAGUUCGGAAUUGCACCAACUGGUAUUCGGGCUAGUGAAAAUUACGUAAAUUCUGGUCAAAGAGGUACAAAACGUGAAAGAAUUACUCGUGACAACAACAAUCCUAUUCCUGGUACUCCAGUUUUAAAGGAUCUUUUGAAACCUGUGAAAGAAACAGUUGGUAUUAUGUUAUUAAAAAAAAUGGGAUGGAGACCAGGUCAAGGUGUAGGAUCAAGACUUACGAAAAAGCAGAAAGCUAAAAUUAAAAGAAGAAACGAAAGGAUGAAAGAUAUGGAGCAAGGAUCUAGAAAGCCAAACUUAGAAAAUAGCUCUGAAGAUUCAGAGGAUGACUAUGAGAAUGUCACGUUUGCACCUGAUGACUACGAACCAUUUAGUGGUUUAGACAGAAGAACUAUAUUGUCUGGUCAUGUAAAUUUAUUUGAAACUCCGGCAUUUAGUAUUCGGGAUAAAAACAAAAAGUUAUCGAUACAUGGGCAAGCAUUUGGUGUUGGAGCAUUCGAAGCUGAUGAUGAAGAUAUAUAUGAGAGAGAAGACAUGUCGCGUUAUGAUUUUUCCUUGGGUCCUGAACGAAAAACCAAAACAAGGUGGUCCGAGGAUGGUAGUUCGAGAAGUUUAAACAAGUGUUUAGAAGGUUUCGUAUUGGCAAAGAAUAAAUUAGAAUUGAAAAAAGUCUUUCCACCUCCGGAAUUGCCCAAAAAUUUCGUACCUGUGCAUACAAUUAGAAAAAGCAGAUUUUAUCCACCAAUCGAAAAUGUUCCUCGUAGAACGCAGAAUGGAAAACGCAAAGAUCUUACUGCUGCAGAUAGAGCAAAAAUUUUGGAAGAUACAUACAAUACAUACAAUACAAAAAAACCAUUUGAAACGCAUCCGAAUUCGGUACCAUCUGUGGCUUCUAAUAUCAUCUCGAAAACGUUAAAUUUACAUGGGAAGCAACAAACGGAAGAAAGACAGAAAGAAGAAAAUCAACGUGCCAAGGCAGCUAUAUCAUGGAUGGACAAACUGACUGCACAAAAUUUUGUUAAAGGAGGCACCGUUGGUCCCAGUAAAGAUUCUGAUAGAAAUUUAAAAAAAUUAGAAGAAUUCAAGGAUUCUUCGGCGACUUCUGAUAAACAAAGUAAAUUGUAUCAAGAUAAUUCUGCGAAGAGUAACGUUGUGAAACCAUAUUUUUCUGAUCCUGAUAAACAAAGACGAUUUGAGCAAUAUUUAGUCUUCAUAAAAGAGGAAGAGAAAAAUAAACUUGAAAGUAUACAGCCAUUGUCUAUGACAGAAUGGGAUAGAGAACAUGAACGAAUUGAAUUUGAACAAGCAAUCAAAUUGUUUGAACAACCGACGAAUGAAUAUGUUGCGAAUAAAUUUACAAGUGCUUCUGAUCCCAGUAAAUCGGAAGUUUCUGCGCACUCUAGUCAAGAAGAUGAAAUUAAACAGGCUGUAAAGAUGAAAAUGUUUGGGAAGUUAACUCGAGAGCGUGUAGAAUGGAAGCCAGUGAGCAUAGUUUGUAAAAGAUUCAAUAUUCCAGAACCAAAGGUUGGUUGUGCCCAACCAGAGAUGCAAAAAAGAUCGGCAAAGUUUUCGAUCUUCGAUUCUCUCGAUUGGAAUAAUUCCGUGAAAUUUUUGCAGGCGUCGAAGGAAACAAAUGAUGUUAGUAUAUCAAGUAUUAGUGAAAAUACAAACAAAAAUAUGUUUGAUAAUACAGUAAAACACGUUAUUGACAAUACGGAUUCAAAUGUUAAAGAGACGAGUGAUGAUAUAUUUUUCCACAAUCAUGAAACUAUCGAACUUGUAUCAGAGAAGAUGAGAAAUUUCGAAGUCUCUUACGAGAAAGUUUUUGGAAAAGAAGUUUCAGAAACAUCCUUAAAGACAGACUCAAGUGGAACAACAGACACAGAAACUAUGGAUCAACAGAAUAAAAGUCAAAAUAAUAUCAGUUCCACGAUGAAAACCUCUACGUCAAAAAGUAAAUCAGAAGAGAAGAAAGAUCUUUUUAAAUCAAUUUUCUUAAGCAGUAGCGAAGAAUCUGAUUCAGAGUCAAACGAAAGCUUAGACAGCGAGGCCGUAAAAUCGGUUUUGAUCGGCAAAGUCCCAAGUGAGAUAAAUGUAAAUAGAAACACCUCUCCACCACGGGGAAUUUUUGCAAAGGUGGAUCUAGAUAGUUUAGUUAACAAUACGAAAAGUAACGUACAAUUGAAUGAGACAACGAGCAAAGAGAAAGAUGUGAACACAGUAAAUUCUGAAUUAGAAACUGAACCUCAACAAGAUAAUUCUAAUUCAAAUCCUUCGGAGACUCAAUUGUUAUUGAAUAUGUACGGGCCUGUUCUUCCUUCGAGAUUGUUAAAAACUGAAAGUAAAACCGCAGAACCAUCUAGUUCUCAAACAUUAAAGUCUGUAUUUAAAAGUGUCGUAGUACCAAGACCCAAAGUGGACUCCGAAAUGUGUGGUGUAUGGGUGGAACGGGAGAAAGUAAAGAAGUCAAAAAAGGAGAAGAAGAAGCACAAACACAAAGAACAUAAAAGUUCGAAACAUAAGCGGAAAUCGAAAAAAGAAAAGCGUGCUUCGCAAUGUAAGAAAUUGGAGUAACAAGAAAAUUAAAUGAAGAAGUAUUUAUUAUACGUUCCAUUUUAUUUGCAUCAUCGUACGGUGCCUUGUAUAUGUUCAAUGAAAUAUUUGAAAAUGCUUGUGCAAAUCCAAUAUUGAGAUAGUUCGAUAUAUACAGGAAUAUAUGUAUCCUUUUGUAUAUGUUUUUGUUUUUAUACUAUUCGAGGCUUAGAAUUUUUUUAUCGUUGUACAAUUCAACGAUAGUGCAGAAUUUGUGAUUGAAUCAUUUAUUCGACGUUGUGGAGUUUCUCGAUGCUGGCCUACUUUGACUCGUGGAAUUUAUUUUCUUCUCUACGCUGAAAAUGUAAGAAAAACAUCAUUUCGAUUUUUAUUGAAAAUUUUUUAAUUUUACUCUCGUAAUUCGUAUAUACAUGUACGAAUGUAUAUAUGUACAUAUAUUUAUUUAAUUUAUCACUCUUUUCAACAUUUUAGAAAUGAUACUUUUUUUAAAGUGUUUUCGAAUACGAAAGUUUUUUGUACAAUUUUAUCAACUGUUAUUGAUUAUAUGGAUCUUUUUCAACCUUCUCGUUUUAAAUAAAAACGUACCUGUUGCUUCUUGAACUUCUUUUGAACAUGUCCGUUAACUUUUUCUUCAGAUUUUUCUUUUCAGUCUUUUCAUUGAUGCUUGUCUCGGAUCCCGAUGUCUGUGACAACAAUAAAGAGAAUAAUUUUAAACCAACUGAUGUAAUAGAUCCUUUUAAACGUAUGAUGCCUGCUCGUUUAUAUACCUGAAGAGAAAGGUCCAUGGAAAUAUUUGGGUCAUCCAUGCUAGCUGAUUUAGUCAAUUUGGUCGUUAUCUUUUUUAUUAUACUUUUACUGUGCUUCUUUUCUCGCUCCAACAUCUCACUCUUAGUAGAACCAGUAGAGAGGCGACUAGAAAUUCAAUUAUAAUUAAUCUUAUUUUUCUCGGUCAUUGAAUGUUCAAAUCGUGGAAUUUUAAUAUUGUAUACUGUUAUCGAACAAAUUAUCGUUAAUAGCUUUAUUAUUUAGUAACUAAUUAACAAAUUAUUAUUAUUAUAUGUGAAAGUGAUCAUUGAAUUACCUGUCAACACUGGAAUCUCUCUGCAAACUUAGAGCUCGUCCUUCAGCAUCCGAACUUUCUAAUGAUUGCAAACUGGACAUGUUGCUAUCAGUGCCCCAAAUGCGUGACUGUACAAGUAUGAAUAAAAUAAAUAAUGGUAUUUUCUCCAGUAUACUUAUUGUCAAAAGCUUAAUAGUGUCACAAUAAUGACGUACUUCUUCAUUUCGUGCUGAUGUCUGUUCCAAAGAUAGACUUUUUCUUUUUAAACGUGGUUUCGAACGAGAUGUUGUUAUACCUUUACCCGGGUCGCUCUCCACGGAUGUUGAUCUAUAAAAUUGACUUCUUUAAUAUUAGGCUCUUUCAUAACGAAUAAAACGAAAGGUCACUGUUGGUAAUAAAUACCUCUUGCCGAUUUUCUUCAAUCGCGUUGUGUUUAUUUCGUCCGCUGCUUUCUUCGAUUCUUUCAGUUCUUUCGCCACGUCCAUUAAUUUUUUAACGGUAUAUUCUAAUUUUUCUGUCCUCUCACCAAGUUGAGAAUUCGAACCUACCAAUAAAUUUCACACAUUGCCAUCUGAUUUCAAUUGAACUAUUUAAUAACAUUAAUCAUACCCCUUAUGUCACUUCUCGAAUCCGACAAUGGCGACGAUUCUCUCGAUUUUGGCCCCUGUGUUAUAAAAAUAAUUUGUCAUAUUGAUUUUUAGUUUACUUAAUUGUCUUUUUUUUUUUUUUUUUUUUUUAGUGAUUUUAUAA